AUGCGUUUUACUUCACUUUGCGCUGUCCUCGGGGCUACGCUGCUUCCCGUAGUUAGCGCUGCGCCAUGCAAGCCGAGCAAGCCUACUUCCGUUGUGCCAACGACUUCUGCUACCACUACGGCUGAGGCUGAGACGCUCUCUACUGAUACACCAUACGAGACACUCUCAACCGACUUCCAGUCUACUGUCACCAGUGAUGCCACUAGCUAUCUAGAGACCACCGUUACUGAGAGUGCUACUUGGUCCGAGACUACUACCUUCGUCUCUGACUACACCACCGAGUACACUGCCACUACCGACGCCACUUCCGUUGAGGAUGUUACUACCACCGUCACUGAAGCUGCUCCCGAGCCGACCAACCUGAUCAAGAACAGUGAUUUCGAGGACCAGCCUAACGUUGACUGGGGCCUACGAACCAGUGAGAUCGUCAAGGAUGAAGACAAGGCAGCAUCAGGCGAAAGAUACGUCCGCUUCCAGGUCAUCAACCAAUCUGCCAGGGGUGGCAAUUCCGUCAAUCAAACCAUCAGCGACGUCGAAGUGACACAUCGAUACCGUCUUUCCUUCAGCGGCGCCGCAUUCGGUCUCUUCGACACGGGAAGCAACAACUGUUACAUCGAGGCAUAUCAGAAGGGCGACGAGAUCCAAAAGUGGAAGCUGGGCGACGUUCUGCCUGAUGAGUAUAACACAUACUCUGUCGACUUCACGCCGAAAUCCGAUAGUUUUGAGCUUGCGUUGAGACUUCGUUGCGAGGCAGGUGACCCGGUUACUAUCACUUUCGGUAUUGAUGAUGUUUCCAUGGUUGAUAUCGGCCCUAUGAUUAAAAUUGCGCCUCCGAUUAAGCGUGGAGAAAUUUCUGAGAGUGAUUACUGA